UGAGUAGUCAGAUUAAUUGAGAAACUGUGAACAUUUUAAGUCAUGUUGAAUUUGAUCAUUAUUAAACUGAUACAGUACAUCAUUUGCUUAUGUAAAUAAAUUAAAAUGUAUUACAUGCUGUAGAUUGCACUAAUGCACAACAAUUAACCUGCGAUACUCAUCUUAAACAGUCAUCUUUCUCUUAUGAGACAUUCCUGAAUAUCUACAUCAGCUAUGAGUUGUGGAUGGGUGGAGAUGGAGGAGAGGUGAAUAAAUAUUGGAGGAGAAACAUCAGACCUACACAAGAGUUUGUUACAGCAAACAAAUCAUCAUUUAGGCAAAACCAAGACCAUCUGAGAACAUCUCAAACCAUGUCUUGUAGAAAGAAGUCUUUCGGACGCUUUGCAGCCAUCCAGCUGGAGUCAGACAACUGCAGGAAGGGGAUGGAAUAUGUACCUAUUUGGAAGAAAGAUUUCAGUGCUCCAUCAUGCCUUGAUGUUUAUAAGGAUGGUUGUGGAAAAGGGGACCCUUGCAGUAACCCUUGCAACAACGUGACACCAUGUCAUGAUUGGGGUUGCAAGAAAACCUGCAAGAAGGUGGAGUCCUGCGUGCCGGGUUGCAGUUCUUGGAGUAGACCAUGCGUCUAUGCCCCACCAUGCUAUGAUAACAAUUAUAAGGCUGUUGAUGAGAGCCCACGACCAUGUGGAGGCUUACCAGUCGUCGAUCUGGGUUCAGGGGCGUGCGGCAAGCCGGUUAAUGUGCACAACCCCUGCAGUUUCCUAAAACCAUGUCAUGACAUCAGGAAGAUUUGGGCUGACUCCUGUGGCAUGCAACCAAGUGGAAAAGAGGCGGUCGGGCGCUUUCCAUGCUUUAAAGAGAAACCUGAAGGGGCCUGUGGCAAGCCGGAUCAUGAACGCUUCUGUUUCAAAUAACAUGUGCUACUAUAAUUAAGAUUAAUUGAUUGGAUUGUGGCAUUUGUGAUCCUCAUGUUCCUUUAUCUAGAAGAAUAAAGAAAAAAGUUAUUGUUAAUCAUUUAUGGAAAA